AACGCCCGUGAAAGUGUUGAGGAUUGUCGAGACGAAAACCAAUGGCUGCGGCUUUGUUUUGGCGGGGGUUUGUUGGCAGAACACGUCAAUGAGUGACUUAUUGUGGGAAAGGUCUAGCAUUAGUAAUUUCACCAAACUAUCAUGGCCUUAUUCAAGUCUAAUGCUGUCUCAAUAUUUCUUGUUUUUUAUGGAUUUUCAUGCAAUUUUUUGCCUUCAACUAGUAACAAUUUGGAAGUUUGUAACUUGUGUAGAUGUUACAAUCUUUUUGGUCUCGCAGUGGUUAACUGUUCGUCUAGUGGGGUACCGAAGAUUAUUCCUGAUGAAGCUAAAUACUUAGACCUUUCAAAUAAUGGAAUCUCGAGUCUUAGACAGCAUCAUAUAGAAGCAUUCAAGAAUGUAGAAAUAAUAGAUUUAACCAACAAUCCUCUAAACUGUGAUUGUCAUCUCGCGCUGUCAAUCAAAGAGCUGACGUCAGCAUCGAGUGUCGUCAAAGGAAAGUGCUCACGCCCCACGGACCUCGCAGGAGUCAAUAUCGAUCAUAUCUACCUCAAGAUUACGCCAUGCAAUUUUUCAGGUUCAACCCAUGUUAACGUCAUUAGUCAACGAGUCAGAAGAUCUUCAGAACUAAAACAGUGCAUUCCAGGAACACCAGAUUGCGCCUAUGUCGUAUGUGGAGGGUGGUUCCUAUGGUUACCUACCACGACGCACUGGGGCUGCUGUAACGGCGUCAUCCACAACCUUACGUCAUCGUACUGUGAAGCAAACAUGGGAGUGAGAGUGAAGCAAUGCACCAAGAAUGACUUCCGCUGCAACAACCAACAUUGCUUACCAAGAUAUUGGGUCUGCAACGACUACAACGACUGCCAAGACGGAAGCGACCAAGUAGGGUGUCUAAAAUGUGGAAAUUCUACGCUGCACUUUCAAUGCAAAAACGGCAAUUGCAUCGACAAGAAUCGCGUGUGUGACACGUAUAACGACUGUGGAGAUGGAUCGGAUGAGAUGUUUUGUAGGUUCUCUUUUAUGAUGGGUUGGUGUGGGUCGAUGGAGUAUAGGUGUCCUAACGAGAGGUGUGUGAGUGGAGCGAAGCUGUGUGAUGGGAGAAAUGAUUGUGGCGACGAUUCUGAUGAACAAGGAUGUUUCAAAGAUUCAAGUAAAAAGUGCCCCGAUGGCUGGACCUUCCUCAACCAACGCUGCUACAAAAUCGAAUACCAACUCUUCCCAUGGUCGACGGCACAGGCCACGUGCGCAUCCAACGGAGGUCACCUGACCAAAAUUACAUCACAAGAAGAAGAGGACACACUCAAGAAUCUUAUCACAUCCCAACAUAGUGGAUCUUUAUCCUUCUGGAUCGGUCUGUCCAGGGGCGCGUCGCAGGGCUUUCAGUGGACAGAUUCUGUGGCAGUUGGAAAGUACACGUCCUGGGAGUAUGGAGAGCCCAGUGUCGGAAAAAACUGCGUUAGUUUGAUAAACAAUACCAUGAAAUGGCGCGCUGAGAACUGUGAUUUGGGUAUCCCAUUUAUUUGUACGAGAGAUUCACUGUGUAAGCACAAUUGUCAGAACAAAGGCACCUGUCAAUCAUCAAGAUGUGUCUGUGCAGCUGAUUGGUCAGGAGAGGACUGCUCUUUCAAAUUUCCUAACAUCACAUCCCUAGAUGAUAUAGACAUAAAAGUCCUUUAUAAUUCGAAUAUUUCUCUGAGCUGUCAAUCAACUGGAGUGCCACGCCCCAACGUCGAGUGGUUGGUAAAUGAACAAGCUGUUGCUGGGCAACGGGAUAUUAAAGUUUUUAACGAGCCUUUCAUCACGAACAUAACGAUUCACGUGAAAAGCAACACAGAAAUGAGGUGUACGUCAAAGAAUCGAGGAGGGCUUGACAGCGUUAGGAUAAGAGUCACCGUGGAGGACGAUGAUGUAGUGAAUGUCAAGGCCAUAAUUCGUCUAUGGAACAUGAAGUACGAUAAAUCCUUAGAGAACCCUCUGUCGGGAGAGUAUCAGGCUCUGGCGAGCAGGUUGACUUAUGCGAUAUCCAGUCUGUAUCAAAAUAAGUUAGGGUACAAGGGACUUGGCAUCUUAUCAUUCAGACCAGGCUCUUUAACAUGUGAAGUGCUCGUUCGGUUCAGCAAAAAUAGCGAAGAAGAACUGACGAGAAUAUUAAAAGAUGCAAUAAACUCAGGAAUGAUAGCGAACUUGACUGUUGACUCCAAGUAUCUGGCUCUGGAAAAGAAAAAUAAAGCUUGUCCGCCUGAUUUCUUUAACGUAACGUGGUUUGCUUCAUUACCAUCGAAUAUUCGUGUACAGCGGUGUCCUCAUGGGUCUAUUGGAACAGCAAGAAGAAGGUGUAGCGAGAACGGCCAAUGGGAACACCCUGACUACACACAGUGUGUCACCCAAGAUAUAUUGGACCUAAAGCACAGGAUGGACACAGCGCUGAACAAAACCACUCCUUCACCGAGCGAGAUACAAUCCAUACUGGAUGAUUUAGUCCGGAAGUCUCACCGUGAGAAAGGCGACGCUAAAAUAGCGGGUGAUAUCAAAACCUGUACUCAGAUACUCAAAGAGGUCGUUGAUUAUAAUACCAAGCACACGGGUGAUACGGAGACAAAUGUGGAUAAUAUACGGAACUUCUUGUCUUCAGCAAGUAACCUCCUUGAUUACGAAAAUAAACAAGAAUUGGUGAUUUUACAAGAAUCUGACAACAUUACGUCCCUUUUGAUCUACGUGCUGGAAGGAUUUGGUCUACAAGCAGCUGGAGGACUAGAAACUAGUGCAAGUCGCACGAAGCAAUACGUUGCUGAUAACUUAGUUAUGGGUAUAACACUGGUGUCGAUGGCGUCACCUGAUGACGUCACAUUCCCCAAUUACACCGAUCAGCAUAUGACUUCACGGUCUGAGUGGAACUCGAUGCUAGAAAAAAACUACAUAGUUCUACCCAAGUCUACAUUCGACAGCAAUAACAAAAUAAAGAACAAAGUGAGCAGAGUUUCAAGUUUUCUUUACAGAACCCUAUCAACAUUUCUUAACAUUCCUAGUGCAUAUAGUAAGGUUGGUGAUGAGUUCUUACUGAGUUCCAACGUAAUAUCUGCUUCUAUUAAACCUUCUGUGUCGCUGAGGGAUCCCGUCAAGACUAUCUACGGUAAAGUUCAGGAUCCAGACAAGCCUCUCGCCUGUGUCUUUUGGGAUUUCAGUCUAAAUUCUAAAAAAGGCGCUUGGUCACGUGAUGGUUGUAGUCUGUCGUCACGUGACGGCAGCAAAAUCACGUGUGAAUGUAAUCACCUGACUAACUUUGCGGUACUGAUGGAUAUAUCUAAUGUUAAGGGACACGAGUUUCCUCUGCGCAUUAUUUCGUCAGUUGGUUGUGCGGUUUCUCUUCUCGGUCUUGUCAUAACUCUGUUCGUCCAUUUUAUUUUCUGGAGGAACUUAAAGUCAGAGAAGACGAUUAUUCACGUGAACCUAUGCGUUGCUCUUUUGACUGCCAACAUCAUUCUCCUGGCGGGUUUGGAGAGUACCAAGUAUAAGUCAUUAUGCACAGCUGUAGCAGUCCUGUUACAUUACUUCUUCCUAUGCGCCCUGGCCUGGAUGCUUGUGGAGGGAAUACAAAUAUACGUUGCCAUAGUGAUGGUUUUCCAAUUCGAGAGGAAACGAAAAUAUUUCUACCUGAUUGGUUGGGGUACGCCGUUGAUGAUCGUCGGGAUUUCAAUGGCUGUGACACAGAUGAAAGGAUAUGGAGGAGAAAAUGCUUGUUGGCUGUCCAGUGAUGGUGGUUUGAUUUUCGCCUUCAUUGGACCCGUCCUCGCAGUUGUACUGGUCAAUAUCAUAAUAUUUAUUCUUGUUAUGCGCGCCAUGAUGACAACACAUAAAAUGAUAUCAGCGGAUGAAAUCCAGAAAGCCAGAGUCGCUGGAAAAUGCUGUGCUGUUCUUCUGCCUUUACUUGGUCUGACAUGGUUAUUUGGUGUCCUUGCUAUUGAUAGCAGCACCGUUGUCUUCUUAUAUCUGUUCGCCAUCUUUAAUUCUCUACAGGGUUUCUUCAUAUUUAUCUUCCAUUGCCUCCUCGACCUCCAGGUCCAAACCGCUGUUAAGAGCUGGUCAGUCAAGAGAGAACGAACAGAAUCGAACCUAGGCCUGCGCGCACUCUCGUCUUCAUCCAAUCCAAGCAACAGGCUGGACACCAGGACGUCAAGUGCUGCAUCUACGUUGCCAACAGACAAAAGACGCAAAAAUAAAAGCGAACAGAAGGACAACUUCGACACCGUAGUCGUAUGAAGAGCCAUUGCUAAGGUAACCAGACCAUAAUAUUAGGAAUAAAUUAUCCAUUGAAAUCUACACUUCAAACUACGUACUUAAAAUACUUGUAGUCACCAAAAUGGAUGUGGAUUGGAUUACUUUCGCAUGGUUGUCUCAAGCUUUAUUUUUCAUUCAUGGUUGUCUGGAACAGCAUCUGGUGCGAUAAUUUUAUGCUUUGAGCUCGUUUGACAUGWGUGGUGCCUUACUGAAUUAGCAGUAAAACUUUACAGCAGUUACUCCAUGAAGAAGUUUGAGUAGGACCAUCGUCUUUAAUACUUUGAGCCUUCGUUCUUAUGGAUCAGCGGCUAUACAUAAUAUUUAUGCGUGUUGUCUUAACGAUAAAACAUUACAGCACCUUCGUCCUUAAUACUUUGAGCCUUUGUUCUUAUGGAUCAGCGGCUAUACAUAAUAUUUAUGCGUGUUGUCUUAACGAUAAAACAUUACAGCACCUUCGUCCUUAAUACUUUGAGCCUUCGUUCUUGUGGAUCAGUGGCUAUACGUAAUAUUUAUGCUUGGUAUCUUAAUUAACGGUAAAACAUCACAGCAGUUACAACAUAGUGGAGUCACGUGGUACAACUUCGACUGCUGUAGCAUGAGCCUUUGUUCCUUUUGAUCAGCGGCUUGGCUUACAUAAAAUGUACUACAACUUAAUAAAAUCUACCAAGAAAUAUCUAUAAAUGGACUUCUAUAUGUGUCCUCUAAAAUCACCUGGGCCUACUGUGCUUUUGGCCAGCAGCUACACUUUUAGUGAUGCAAUAUUAUAAUAAGUGGAAGAGAGAUGUUAACAGGACGCUACCUGAUUUGAUUCUGGAUUUUGCAUCACCUUUUGGCUAGCAACUUACACUUAUAGAAAGACAUGCCAGUAACUGGAGUAGUACUAUGCAUAUGAAUAGGACUUUUCAUUGGAUUGUGAAUCCUUCAUUCAACCUGAGCCCUCUCUACUUAUGGUCAGCAGCUACACUUAUCCUAACGCAUUAUACAAGUCACUGAUUUAUUUAUGUGAUUGGACGUAUUCUUUGAAUUUUGCUCUUGAGCCUUCACUUUUUUCGACCAGCAGUUAGGCCUGUAUUGAAACUGACGUUAUACCAGCACAAAAUGAAAUAUUGUUGUAAGACUAAUAAUAGACAGUAUAAAAACUCAUAGAUUGGUUUCUGUAGCAUUUAUUCUUGUUAAAAACCAACAUAAAUAUGCUAAAAUCGAGUCUCCUUCGUCGGCCUAAUCCCUAUGUUAUAACAGAGAGCAUAAAUAAGAGAGAGAAAAAAACUUCUUAAUAAAGCGCGCGCCAUGUAAAUCCCCGUUUGGGCUAUGUUAGUAACCGGAUGCAGUUUAAAUUUUGCCUUACCCUUAAAAAAAAAAACUGUUCUAAGUCAGGGCACGGCUAACUCAAAGAUUGAACCCUGAAAAACUUCCGGAUUCAUCUAAUGGCGCUUUCAAAUUCAGUCGAACCGAUCGCUCCAAGCGGCUAGUUCUCAAAUGGUAACCGCGACAGUAAGUAAGAGCCUAAAGUCGGGCACGACCAUCUCGCAUCCAAAUUCAAAUCUAGCGAUUUCACAACCAAUCGUACUGAUUCGUAUUUUCUUGGUUAACCACUUGGCUCCCCCAAAAAAUUGGUUAAAAAUAUGAGUGUGAUACAAGACGCUCGAAUUUACUGCGCAUGCGUCGUUUUGAUAAAUGAGUUGACUUAUUUUACAGUUAUCCGUCCGUUAUAGCGCUACCAACGAUAAUAAGGAUCUCUUGGUUCUAUAGAGGCUACUCUGGAAAACCCUUGAACUAUUCUUUCAAAGGAUACGUUAAUAUUUAUAGUGGAUUAAGCGAUAGAGCAGAUGGACGAAAAUGAGAUGUCGUUACAUAAAUUCACUUCAAGUGGUCAGGAAAGCGAUCGAUCGGUGAUAGUCCGCGCCGGUUCGCACAUUUAAAACGUGAGCCAGCUGAUCUGAAAUCUGAAAGUGAAAGUUGACCAGCGAAAAUUAUAAACAUGUCCGCCAUUGGAAUAAAAAGAUAUAAAUCAUUA